CUCUCCAUUCUCCCCGCUGCCUCGGCUGCUCCUUCCCCGAUGGCUACAGACUGAUCGGCAGAGGAGAGGGGAGGGGAGAAAAAAGGAGGAAGGAACAGACCAAAAAAAGAAAGAAAGAAGGAGAGAGAAGGAUUUGCCUCUGCCCUUAAUGCCUGCGAUCUGGAUCCAGGGAAGGGAUUUUCUGUCUGAGCAUGAAAAGUACUGCUAGAGCCCCAGUAUUCCCACGCCUGCAUGAUCAGCACAGCGCCCAGUAUGCCAGCUGGCCACAGCAGCGAGCCCACCACUUCCCGUCGAGCCCAAUAAACCCCACCGGCGAGCAGCUCUCGGCCAAAGAGGAACAGUAACCUCAGGACUCCAUAGAAUGGAGCAAGAAUGAGAGGAAAAAGGCAGACAGAAAAGCAUGAACUGGAGGCUUGUUGAGUUCCUCUACUUCCUGUUUAUAUGGGACCAUAUAAUAGUACAGCCCUCCCACCAGGAACCAGCUGUUACCAACCAACAUGUCUCCAAGGAAUUUGAUUGGCUUAUUUCAGACAGGGGGCCUUUCCACCACUCGCGGAGCUACUUAUCCUUUGUGGAAAGACAUCGUCAAGGAUUUACAACCAGAUAUAAAAUAUACAGGGAGUUUGCCCGUUGGAAGGUGAGGAACACAGCCAUCGAACGGAGGGACCUGGUCCGCAAUCCAGUGCCCCUGAUGCCUGAAUUCCAGAGGAGCAUCCGUUUGCUGGGCAGGAGACCCACCACACAACAGUUCAUUGAUACCAUCAUCAAAAAGUACGGCACCCACAUCCUCAUCUCUGCCACCCUGGGAGGGGAGGAGGCCUUGACCAUGUACAUGGACAAAAGCCGGCUUGAUAGGAAGUCCGGAAACGCUACCCAAAGCGUUGAGGCACUGCACCAGCUUGCUUCCUCCUACUUCGUAGACCGCGAUGGCACCAUGAGGAGACUCCAUGAGAUCCAGAUCUCUACCGGAGCAAUCAAGGUAACAGAAACUCGGACUGGCCCCCUGGGCUGUAACAGCUACGACAAUCUGGACUCUGUGAGUUCUGUCCUUCUGCAAAGCACUGAGAGCAAACUCCACCUGCAAGGUCUCCAGAUCAUCUUCCCUCAGUAUUUACAAGAGAAAUUUGUCCAGUCUGCGUUGAGUUACAUCAUGUGCAAUGGAGAGGGGGAGUAUGUGUGUCGGAACAGCCAGUGCAGCUGCCAGUGUGCUGAAGAAUUCCCACAAUGCAACUGUCCCAUCACCGACAUUCAGAUCAUGGAGUACACGCUGGCAAACAUGGGCAAGUCGUGGACGGAAGCUUAUAAAGAUCUGGAGAAUUCAGAUGAGUUUAAAUCCUUCAUGAAAAGGCUACCUAACAACCACUUCCUGACCAUCGGGAGCAUCCACCAGCACUGGGGCAAUGACUGGGAUCUUCAGACCCGAUACAAACUCCUGCAGAGCUCCAUGGAAGCCCAGCGGCAGAAGAUCCAGCGCACUGCCCGCAAACUCUUUGGCCUCAGCGUCCGGUGCCGGCACAACCCUAACCACCAGCUGCCUAGAGAAAGGACAAUACAGCAGUGGCUUACCCGGGUUCAGUCCCUGCUUUACUGCAACGAGAAUGGGUUCUGGGGGACCUUCCUGGAGAGCCAACGGAGCUGCGUGUGCCACGGCAGCACCAGCCUGUGCCAGCGCCCCAUCCCGUGCAUUAUCGGGGGCAACAACAGCUGCGCCAUGUGUAGUCUGGCCAACAUCUCCCUCUGCGGCUCGUGCAACAAGGGCUACAAGCUGUACCGGGGCCGCUGCGAGCCGCAGAACGUGGACUCGGAGCGCAGCGAGCAGUUCAUCAGCUUUGAGACAGACUUGGAUUUCCAGGAUCUGGAGCUGAAGUAUUUGCUGCAGAAAAUGGACUCGCGUCUCUACGUGCACACCACCUUCAUCAGCAACGAGAUCCGCCUGGACACCUUCUUCGACCCCAGGUGGCGCAAGCGCAUGUCUCUCACCCUGAAGAGCAACAAGAACCGGAUGGACUUUAUCCACAUGGCGAUCGGCAUCUCCAUGCGCAUAUGCCAGAUGCGCAACAGCAGCCUGGACCCGAUGUUCUUUGUCUACGUCAACCCCUUCAGCGGGAGCCACUCUGAGGGCUGGAACAUGCCGUUUGGGGAGUUCGGCUACCCGCGCUGGGAGAAAAUCCGCCUCCAGAACAGCCAGUGCUACAACUGGACCUUGCUGCUGGGCAACCGCUGGAAAACCUUUUUUGAGACUGUCCACAUCUACCUACGCAGCCGGACUCGGCUGCCCUCCCUGCUGCGCAAUGAGACUGGCCAGGGGCCCGUGGACCUUUCUGACCCCAGCAAGCGUCAGUUCUACAUCAAGAUCUCUGACGUGCAGGUGUACGGCUACAGCCUGCGUUUUAACGCCGACCUGCUGCGCAGUGCUGUGCAGCAGGUCAACCAGUCAUACACCCAAGGUGGGCAGUUCUAUUCCUCGUCCUCCGUCAUGCUCUUGCUGCUGGACAUUCGGGACCGAAUCAACAGACUGGCCCCCCCUGUGGCACCGGGUAAGCCGCAGCUGGAUCUGUUCUCCUGUAUGCUCAAGCACCGCCUGAAACUGACCAACAGCGAGAUCAUCCGCGUGAACCAUGCACUAGACCUGUACAACACCGAGAUCCUCAAACAGUCGGAUCAGAUGACAGCCAAACUCUGCUAACCCUGACUCUUCUGUGGACACAUCAGUAACUGAUCCUUUCGCUGUAUAAAAAAAUGAAAAGAAAAAGGAAACAAGGAAAGGGGAAAGAAAAGAAAAGAAAAUUUGUAAAAUGUAAUUAAUAGACAAAAAAAAAAAGGUGUGGGGGGAGAGGAAAUUCUUCAUUUGUUGGAAACUAAACCCGUUCUAGCAGCUGUAUAAAACUGUCAGGCAUGUUUGUUAUUUCUAUAAUCCAUCAUAAAUGGGUCACAUCUUACUCUCUCUCGACCUUGAGGGUGUUGCUUGUUAGGACUCAGGUGCUGCAAAAAUAAAUCAGAGGGAGGAUCAGAGCUGGGGGGAGGGACAUUUCGGUAAUGAAUUGUAAAGAUUUCUGCUAUGCAGGUGCCAAGACAAACAAACAAACCAACAAAGAAUUAUAUAUCAAUGUAAAAGAGCUGCCAUUAUUCCUAGUGGGAGUAAAUGGUCAAAAGAUAAAAGAUAUUUCUUCUGUUGAGAUUUAUACCAGCCUGAUGUUUAAUUAUUCACCCCUCCUGUGAUGAACUUUGUCUCUGGAAGGGAGGUGAUGGCAGUCCUUUGAGAGUAAUAUCCAUGCUUGCACACACAAGGAGGAGUGAAGGACUACAUUUUCCAAAGAGACUAGGAACUUGGAGUGUCUCCAUCUUUCAGCGCCCAACUGGAAACAUCUUCCCAGUGGGCCAAUGCUCAGCACUUUCUGAAAAUCAGCCCCUUUGAAGGAUCAGGACCUCUACUGGGGCAGAUCCCCAGCUGCUCCAAAUGGUCAGAGCUCCAUUGACACCAUUGGUCAUAGCUCCAUUGGAGUCAAUGGAGCUAUGAAAAUUUACCCCAGCUUCACAAAUGCAGCUACACAAAUGUAAGGUGUCUCAAGUCAAGCACCAAAGAACAGAGGCACUCCAAAUCAUUAGUCACUUUGGAAAAUAUACAAGUUGAGGUUUUUUUCACAUAUACUAUACACACACACAUACACACGCACAAACAUACACACACAAUCCUGUUUUUGUUCCCCCUUCUUUCUACAGACAAAAUCCAGGUUUCAUCUGCUGAUACUAAACUCUUUGCCCCAUAAGAAAGAAACAGAUUGUUGCAAAAAAGAACAGAACACACCAAUCUCCCAAAAUCACAACAGCAAAACAGAAGUAAAAUAGCUUGAAUUAUCAAAAUGUAACUAAGCUGAGUAAAGUUUUGCACUGGGAAUAUAUAUUUCUAUUAUUUUUCUAAAAUCCCAUAGAGCAUAUAAUUGAAGAUUUAGGGUGCAAUCCACAACCUUCUGAAGACAGGGUGAGGGGGACUCUUUUGAUUGAUUUCAACAGGUUUUGGUGAGGAAUCACUAAAAAAUAAGGAGGUGUAACAGGAGAAAUACAGCUACUUGACCUGUCAAUUUAGGCAAUAAAGCAGUAUUUUCGUACAAGCUGGAACUGAGACCUUGAGAAAGACCUGAACCUAAACCAUGGGUCUUGAUCUGGUCUGUGGUUUAAAAUUUCAGCUCAAAAAAAGUUCAGAUUUGAACCCCGAACCCUGAAAUUCAGACGUGUUUUGAUCUACGGUUUUGGACAGGCCCAUGGCAAAGAUGUGGGGUUACAUUUUGUAACGUAGGUGUUUUUGAAAAUGUUGUCCAUGGACCAGGCAUCAAGUUGGACAAUUAAAUCUGGAUUCAGACUCAGAGUUCAGUUUGCAAGGUUUUGGUUGAGGCUCAUCUCUACUGUGCACCAAAAUGGAGGGAAGAGGAUUAGCUAACCUUGAAAGAACCAUACACUCAUUUAGAGAAACCCACAAACAAACUAGCUAGCGGGAGGCUAUACCCAAACUACUCUGAGCUGCUACCAAGAGAAGAAAGAGUAAAAGCCUGCAGUCAGCCCAAGCUGUGUGUAUGAUGGGGAGUCAGUUACAUUUGUGACACCUCUUGUGUUUGCUUUCUAAUGUGAGCAUGUUCCCUAGCAGGAAUAUGCGUGGAAACAGUCACUUUUAAGGAAAAACUGGACAGUAUUAAUGAGAAGCAAAUUUCACAUUUGUAAUUAUGAGUAUUUUCAGUAGAAACUGUGUUUGUAAAAAUUACAUCCAUCCAGUCAAGGACCAGGGACAUACCAUGUAAUCUACCCGACUGACCAAAGUAGCUGAAAGUUAAGGAAUAAUAGUAAUACAUUUAAAAUAUCAAAUAUUAUUCUUGAACAACCUACAGACCAAGAAGGAUUCACUGGUACGAUCUGGUGAAUAAUCUGGAAGAGUGAAAUUUGCUAGCAGAAAACGAAAUGAAAUUCAUCAGAAAGUUAUUCCUUACUAAUUAUUCACCCAGGUCUAGUCACCAAUAGCAAGAGGAGUUGCCACUCAACCAGAAAUCCAUAGGGUCAUCAGCAGACUCAUUUUCCAAAGCCUGUCCUGUGUUUGCAGAACAGUUAGGGCAUGCAUACAUCUCCUAUUGACUUCAUGCGGUGCUAGAUCCCAUUAGGCUGAAAUUGGUGGUAUCAAAGUGGGAACUUUAGCUUUGAUAUGGCACUGGAAGCCACCAGAGUUUUCAAUCACUGUUGUCUAGAUCUGCUCUAAGCAAAUUUAGAGAACACAGGGGUUAAAAUGUCAGUCACUGAUGACCCCUAGCACGUCAGGAAUUGCUACCACUGUUGAAGCUGGACCCUGGGUAGCAAAAGAGGGAAGUUUUAUUUGGAAAAAGUCUAACAUAGAUGCCCCCUUGGUGUCCAAAACUUUUUUAAUGAGUCAUGAUGUUAUUACAUGGCAUCAUUAUGCAAU